AUACUGUUUAUAUCAUGAGUAUGAUACGGAGCAAUGGCUAGCAACGGAUCAAGGCGACAUGGACAAUCUACAAUGAAAAUUCGCUUAACAGUACUAUGUGCCAAAAACUUAGCCAAGAAGGAUUUCUUUCGACUUCCGGAUCCGUUUGCUAAGAUCAGUGUAGAUGGCUCUGGGCAAUGCCAUUCAACAGAUACCAGUAAAAACACACUUGACCCCAAGUGGAACCAGCAUUAUGACCUGUACAUUGGAAGUAAAGAUUCAGUAACUAUCAGUAUUUGGAACCACAAGAAGAUCCACAAGAAACAAGGAGCAGGUUUUCUUGGUUGUGUGCGGAUCAAGUCCAAUGCCAUCCAACAGCUCAAGGACACUGGAUUCCAGCGACUCGAUUUACAGCGGAAUAACAGUGAUGAUAAUGACAAUGUUCGAGGACAAAUUGUUAUCAGUCUCAUCUCCCGAGACAGGGGCAGUUCUCUCACAGGAUCGGGUCCCAACGUAACCGACGCCUCGGUCAUCCCUUCAUCCAUCCCCAGUGAUCCCAAUGAACUACCUGAGGGAUGGGAAGAGAGACGUACAGCAAGUGGGCGUGUACAUUAUGUUAAUCAUCUGACACGUAGCACCCAGUGGGCACGUCCGACAAGGCCAGCAUCUGAGUUUGUACGAAACAAUGCUGUUUCCAGUGCACACAGCCGGCAGCAGUCAACAAACAGCGGUAGUCAUGAGAACAACACUAGUAGCUCGUCUAACAAUAAUAAUGACGAUAGUGAAACAUCCAACCCUCCCCUACCACGCCGACGAUCUACACGACACCGUAAUUACCUCAACCGGUCUCACCUCCACAACGCUGUCGACCUGCCCAGUGGCUAUGAACAACGAACAACUCAGCAAGGUCAGGUUUACUUUUUACACACGCGGACAGGAGUUAGCACGUGGCAUGACCCAAGAGUUCCAAGGGACCUGUCCAGUUCGGAGAUCCGAGAGGAAGACCUCGGUCAGCUACCAGCUGGAUGGGAGACCCGUCACACAGGGAAUGGCCGUGUGUACUUUGUAGACCACAACAACAGGACAACACAAUUCACAGAUCCUCGGCUCUCUGCAAACAUCCAUCUACUUCAGACGACUACUCGAUCCACGAGUAGUAACAACAGAUGUAAUGAUAAAGAGAACGAGUCGCCUGUGCCUAAAUACAAACGAGAUCUUGUCCAGAAAAUGAAAAUACUGCGACAAGAGUUUUCCUCACUACAGACUCAGACAGGCCACUGUCGAAUGGAGGUGUCGCGUGAAGAAAUAUUUGAGGAUUCCUACCGACAAGUGAUGAAGCUCCGAGCCAAAGAUCUAAGGAAGCGGUUGAUGGUGAAGUUUCGAGGGGAGGAGGGUCUAGAUUAUGGAGGUGUAGCCAGGGAGUGGCUGUACCUUCUGUCCCAUGAGAUGCUAAAUCCAUAUUACGGCCUGUUCCAGUACGCAAGAGAUGAUGUCUAUACACUCCAAAUUAAUGCUGACUCAGGUGUCAACCCUGAACAUUUAUCUUAUUUCCAUUUUGUGGGCCGCAUUAUUGGCAUGGCAAUAUUCCACGGCCACUACCUCGAUGGAGGAUUCACUCUGCCUUUCUACAAACAACUUCUCCAGAAGGCUGUCACUCUUGAUGACUUGGAGAAUGUCGACCCAGAGCUGCACCGCAGUCUAGUGUGGCUACUAGAAAACAACAUAGAAUCAGUGCUGGAUCACAACUUCUGUGUGGAACAUAACUCCUUUGGGCAGUUCACAGAGUAUGAACUAAAGCCUGGUGGCAAUGACAUCCCUGUGACAGAGGAUAACAAAAAGGAAUAUGUUAAAUUGUAUGUACACUGGAGGUUCAUGAGGGGGAUUGAAGCCCAGUUUCUUGCCUUACAGAAAGGAUUCAAUGAAGUUAUUCCACAACAUUUACUAAGACCUUUUGAUGAACGUGAAUUAGAGUUAAUGAUUGGAGGCCUUGGAAAGAUAGAUCUUCAGGACUGGAAAAACCACACUCGCCUAAAACACUGUACUCAGGACACUAAUGUAACCAAAUGGUUCUGGCGCGCAGUUGAAGGUUUUGAUGAUGAAAUGCGAGCAAGACUUCUCCAGUUUGUUACAGGCAGCUCAAGAGUGCCACUUCAAGGCUUCAAGGCAUUACAAGGAUCCACUGGUGCUGCAGGUCCACGAUUGUUUACCAUACAUUUGGUGGAGACCAACACAGACAAUCUACCCAAAGCCCACACAUGUUUCAAUAGGAUUGACUUGCCUCCAUAUGAAUCAUAUGAGAAAUUACUAUCCAAACUGACUUGUGCUGUAGAAGAGACAUGUGGCUUUGCUGUGGAAUAACAGUGAUGUGAGAUUCCUGCAGAAUUUAGGUGUCAGAAGUUGUGACCUAGAUCACAAACAUCAAACUGUGAGAAAAAAAUCCAUUUGUGGUUCCUGUGAAAUAUUCUUUGUCACCAUGGAAUGCUUUGUGUGAAAGAGGGGUUUCAGUUGAUGGUAGAACAGCGUUGUCUACAAAAGUCAUGUGUAAGAGGAGAUUGCAGACAUGAAUAUUAAAGAGAGAAUGGAGGUGUCAGCGUCAUGGAGAGUGCAGACGUUGAUGUCUCAGAUCAUUCUUGUCAGGAAGUCAGGAAUCUGGAUAUCAUCCUGGUGUGAAGAUUGGUGAAGAAUUUUUUUUUUUUUCCAGAUUGAGAGAGAAUUCAUGAAUCACAGUAGUGUUAUUGGACAGUUCUGGCGAGUUCAGAGUCAAACUUUGUCUUAUGAAAAGAUUUCUGAAGAAUUAUUUUUAAAUAUUGCUCUAUACAUCCUCAUUUGCAUGUCAAGAAAAAAUCAUUUUGUAAGGUGCUAUUUCUGUCUUUGUAUAUUUUAGAUCUUGGUAAACAAAUGAAAUGAACAGGAAAAAGUUAUACGAAUUGUGCAGAGAGAUGUGAAACAUUUUAGUAGAUGAUUUGUUUAUUGUCAAAUGAAUGCAAGAUCAUUGUAAUGUCCUCACAAUUGACAGAUUUAGACUACCUAAUACCAUACAACGGAUCAUUUUUCACACUUUUCUCUGAAAGUCUCAUUUUUAUUAAUUUUCCCAAAUUUGAAAUAAUGUCCAAUUAAAUUGGUUUAAUUGAAAUAAAGUGAUAUCAGAAAAUUUUACUGAAAUAAGUGAAGUUACCUCCAAUGAACAUAUGCUGCCAUUGUUCGUGAUAUUUGUAAGAAACACUUAUGGCCUGGUUCUCUCUUAAGUGUAUUCAAAUCUUAAAACAGGCUGAUAGUUGCCUCACUAAUGGUCUGAAUGUAUCAACAAUAACUUUGUGUUUGCUUACUGAAAACCAGAUAAUUUACUCGAUGUUUUAUUAAUCCAGCAGAGACAUAAGAAGUUUCAGUUAUUUCAGUAAACAUCAACAAGACAGGAUUCAGACAAACUCCUUACAUUUCCUGAAUAUCGCAUGCAAUACACUGUUUUUAGUUCACUGUCCAGAUCACCAAUCAGUGUUGACUCACAUAUCCAGGACAUGGUAGGUCAGUAGUGUAGAGCUGUCCGAAUAAAUAGAUGUAGUUUUCACAUCACAGACCAAACAUUUUGUUUUUAACAAAUAUAUACUACAAUUUAUGACAUCAGUGCUGGAUUCACAUUUGUUUUACUGUAGAUGGACACAUGUGCUCAUAAGAUAUGUUUAUUUACAGUUGUUUGUCUAAAUAUCUUGUCAUUGCAAGAGCAGAUGGCUCUCUUGUAUAUGUGUUGUGUGUUGACAUUUUACUUUUACGAAUGAAUUGUAUCCAUUUUUAGUGAAAUUUUAUCUGGUUAAAAAAAUUUUCAGGUUUAAAAGGGUAUGACAACGUAGAGUGAGAGUGUAGGAUAGGAAUGUAAGAUUUUCUGCAUGGAAUUAAUUUGCAAUAGAAAUGAGACAUAGAAUGAGAUGAGAGCAUGUACUAGUUAUUAAGCUCAAUGGACUAUAGAUAGUAAGCUUGUAAAGUUAACCUAGUUAGUUGGCUUUCCAAACACAGAGGAUGAGUUAGUUAUUUCAAGUUCACUUACCAAGGUUUAAAAGCUUUCCAAGCCCUCUGAGGUAUUAAGCUUUGUGAGUAACUUAUCAACAGUUUUAAGUCAAAGUUUUCUUGGUUUGUGAGCUUAUUAAGUCCACUGGAAGAGCAAGUGUGCUAGGCUCUUUAGGUAAGUAAGUUUUGUAGGAUGUUGAUUCUUGUCACGUUUCUUGGGUUUGUAAGCUUACCAACCCCUAUCAGUUUGUGAGGUUGUGCAUCAUUUUCUUGGCCAGUCCAUUCAUACAGAAGUGAUAAACUAUAUUUAAUUUGUGGAACGUUUAGACAUUUGAGUUGUGAGAGUUGAUCAUUGUCCUUCUGUGAAGGAAUUAUGUGACAAGAUCAUCCAUUGUUUUAGAUACAUCUGUGUCAGACUUUUCAUCAGAAAUCUUGUACAUAACAUCACAAGUGUGUGACCUUACUACACUUUUCAUUGAGAGAUUUGUAUUCGGGGAUGUGUGUGUGUACAUAAAGAUAUAUAUAUAUAUAAUUGUAGGUAUAAAAUGUAUAUGUAUGUAGAGAUAUCAUGACAUGUAAGAUUCUAUAUAUAGACAGGGCUGUCAGUGUGUGAUGAAACACUCUUUUUAGCAUGUUUCUACACUCAUACAUGGCUCUGGUUUUGCUUUGUACAGAUUCGUGCUGCUGGACAAGCCGAUACAAUCUUCACCAUUUUUAACUGUAAAGCUCAUUGUAUUUGUCAGACUAAAAUUUUCAUUUUUGUCUUUUGUUUUUUCCAGAAAAAUAUUUUUGAAGUAAAAAAGAGAGGGUGAGGGAGAGGAGAGUGGAUUUCCAUUAUAGGGCAAUGAAUAGAAAUCCUGAUUGCUACAGAAUUUGUAUUUUCAAAUGUAGAUGGGUUUGCCAUUGUGGUAAAGUGUCUUUUAUUUUGACUCAAAAUUGAAUGUUUAAAAUUCAGAGAAAAGAAGCAGAAGUAUUUCAUGAAAAAGGGAAAUACUGGGAUAAAGUUUAGAACCACAAUGAAAAUGAAAAUUGGAACUGACAAAAAUGAUGGUCUUUAUGGUAGCAAACUGCAAUGGUACUUGGCUUUUAUUUAUUAUUUCUUUGUAUAUUCAAAAAAAUAUUUGUUGUAAUUUUUUUUUUUUUUUUUUAUUGUUACUGAUUAAUACUAUGAAUUAGCUAUUAAUCACAUUUAAUAUUUAUCAUCUGUUCAAUACUUUGAUUUUAGUCAGCUUUUUAUCUAAAACAAGAAUAUUGUAUAUACUAAAAUCUGUUAGAUUUACUGCCUUAACAACUUUUAAUAACCAUCAUACACAACCAGAAUAUAAAUUUGAUGAGAAACCAUCCAAGUCACAGUAAUUAUUGUUUACUCCUGUAAGGUCCUUUACUUGUAAUAUUUAUCUCAUUUUUGUGAGUUCUCGGAUACUUUUUUCAGGUUUUAUAUAAGCUCUCUGUACAAUUGACUUCAGUUUAUACAUCUUGUGUAGCUAUAUCAUUACUCAGUGCUAGAGAAUUGCAGUUUUAUACAUAUGAUAUUUGCACGAUUACAUUAACUGAAAAUUCAGGAAACACAUGUAUGUAGAAUCCAGUUCAGUAUUAUCCAUGAUAAAAUGGAAGUUUUACCAAAAUCAUAUAUAUAUCUGGUUUUACAGUCUGACAUAAAAAUCUUAACAACAAGGAAGUGUUGUAACCAGACUCAAUCUGUAAUAUUUGUAAAAUUAAUGUUAGUGCAUCUAAUCAGAUAAAAAAUGAAAGUUGACUUUUCAAGUACAAGUAUUGCUUUAGUUGGUAAUGAUAUUAGGUCAGUUCUCUCACAGUAGCCUUGUUUAUGAGGAGUACAAGGAAGAUGCUUAGUCAAAAAUCAUCACUGCUCCAUGACACCUCUACUUUGUUAGUGUAUGUGAUCCCUGAUACACUUGGUUGAGCAUGAGUGACUACACUUUUUGUCAGAACGGUUGUAUAUGGACAGACUUUUGUACUUAAUACAGUCUUAUUUUAUGUAAAUUGUUUUAGAUGAAUUUGUUCAAGAGAAUAUAAUUUCAGUCAUUUUUUUUAAACAAUUUUUAUCUAUAAAAAAUAAACUAUAAACUGAUAAAACUAAACAAAAAUUGAUAAUUACCGGUCAAAAUCUGCUGAUGUUUGUAAAAAAUUUAAAGAUAUUUCUGCGGUUUUGUAACUAGAAUGUCUACAGUUUGAUAUGGUCUCCUAUAUAGUGUAAAUGGUGCAUCAGGUGCGAGACUCUUUAUUCUUACAUCAAACAACUUGUAACAGAUCUUGUUUGGAGAGUCUGUAUAUUCACUGUGUAAAACCAUAUUCAUCAUGGAACGAGAUUGUUUCUAAUAGUAGCUAACUGUUCUCACACAUUAUAUUUUAUAACUGAAAAGGAUAUGGAUUAACCAACUCUUGUAAUAAUAUAUAUAUAUAUAGGAACAAAAAGACAAAUCAACAGGAUUCUGAUAUCCCUGUAAUUAUACCCGGAUCAAUUUAGCCAACAAGUUAAUAACUCCAGAAAUAUUGGGGUGAAAUGCCUUAAAAGUUUAAAUCUAUGUCCUUACUUAAAGUCUACGAACAGCACAUGUAUAAAGCAGUCCUCAUCAAAUUUUCUUCAUGUAAUCCUUUUUCUCAUCACAUACAUGUAUUAAAGUUCCAUUUUAAUUUCUGAAAUCCUACUGUUUCCUUAAAAAUGGGAACAAAUUUCAAACAGCUGUCUAGCAAAACAAUUUAAGGAAGUUGACCUUCAUUUUAUUCUACAUAACGACAAGUUUUAGAAGGGGGUGCGUUACUGUACAUUGUAUAUCAUUAUGUUCAUUUCAUGAAAUAAAUAUGUAUGUGAAGAAGUGAAA